CUCGACGUUUAUACGAAUCUGAAUGUCCGUGCUCUGCAGACGCGAACGUACCGACCGGUUCGAAGCGCAAAGCUUCGCAUCCAGCUGUUGCGAGUAGUUCGAAACGGCGGAAGUUGAGCAUCACGAGCACCAGACGAAGGGGCCGAGCUCAACCGGCAAGCGUGACAACAAGAAAGCGAAAGAGAACGAUCCAAAGCGCCCGGCUCCGAUGGUGCAGAUGGCCAUCUAUGCUUCCGAAAUGCUUUCUGUAGAGGGGCUGAUCAGGGAUCACGGACUGGGCAUGCUGACCCAAGACGAUUGGACGUGGUUAUGGUAUUUCGACAGUGCGGGGGCGAUUCAAGCGCAGGGCUUCAAUAUGCUCGCACACACCGCAGACUUCGUGCUCAUCGUGAUGUUGCUCCAGCGCUUCAAUCUCCCGCAGUGGGGAUUUCCGGAGGGGACGAACUCUGAGGCGAGACUCGACGUGAUCCGGUGUCUAUCUCCACCGCGAGCUGAGAUCCCCGGACCGGCUGGUGGCACAAGAGACCCGGCACGUCAGCCAGUCGAGACCUUCGAAGUCGUUGGAACGGACAAGGAUGAUUUGCCCAAGACCAUGGUGGUGGAUCCAGAGCGUAUUCUGCACAAGCCCUCGCCUAUUCUGAGAGGGCGUCGAACGAUGGUGCUUGAGGCGCAGGACCCGGACAUGCCUACAACGUCUUAUGUUACGAAAUGGUCAUAUCCUCAGACGACACGCCACAACGAGGCCAAGAUGAUAUGGAUAGCUCGCGAAAUUGUCGAGGACAUGGACAAAGAGGCGCUGGGAUCGCUGACAGACGUGGUCGCAUUCAAGGACUUCGCGCACCUGUCUACAGACAACAUCCGAGGCCAUCUCCGCCUUUUCAGUGACCCCACACAGCCGCUCAUCGACGCUGAGCAACACGGGGAGCGCAUCCUGCGGUGCAUCUUCGAGGAGAAGCUCAAACCACUGAUAUAUCUGACCGGCCUCGAGUUCAUACGGGCCAUGAUCGAUUGCAUCCGCUGUCAUAUGCUCCUGUGGAUCGGUAACGACAAGCACAGAAUCGAACACACCGACCUGAGCUUUUGGAACCUUGGCGUUUGCCCAUUAUCGCUGCGCAUCAGGCUGCGCGACUUCGACCUUGCUCGCUUGGUGAUAGUCAGCCAGCCAAGCAAACCUCAAGGGUCGGAGAGGACGGGCACCGUUCCCUUCAUGGCGCUUGACCUCUUGACGGAGGCCUAUUGGAAUGGUCGUCUCGAGCGACUCUAUCGCCACGACCUUGAGGCAUUCGUGUGGGUCACGGUGUACUGUGCUUGGGCCUUUGACGACGAGGGACUUGAAGACAUGGACUCCCCUGUUCACGCCUGGCUGACGGCCGACUACGAACAAUGCCGAGGAGAGAAGUUCGAUUUCCUCUGGACCCGGGCGAAACAGCGCCCAGACAAUAGGACUAAAGAGAGCGGAGGCGGCGGCCCCGGAUACGUCCCGUUCUUUGCCAGGCAGCUGGCGGAGUGGCUAAGCGACGAGCGCCUGCGGCAGAGGGCAAAUACAAAGGCAAGCAGCGAUCCUGACUGGCCGUUUGCCGACAGCGAACAGCAAGCUCGCAAAAAGAAACAACUUUUACCGGAAGGAAAUCAUGACGAUAAACUUCUUCAAGAAGCAAGGCGUGACUUCGAUAACUUAUGGAAUAAGAUUGGUGCUAUUCGCAAGGCAGUCAAGGAUGUGAAGGCGACGCCCGAGCGGGUUGAAUUUUACAUGGAGCGCGAGAAGAAUGUCGAGAAGUUGAAGGCGGACCGUAAGGCAGAGGAGGCGAGAUUGGACAGAGAAGCGGAGGCGGAGGAAAGGGAACGGAGGAAGGCUGAGAGGGAGGCGGAGCAGGAGGCACGCGAGGAGCGCGACCGGAAUCUGAAGCUGAGGCGCAAGGUAAUUUCUGUAUUGUAACCAUUGAUCUGUGCUCUCCAUUGCUAUCAUACGACCGGACUUGGAUACAUACCUAUGGACAGUUUCC